AUGUCUCGGGUCACUAAACCGCGAAAGAAAGUGGGUACCAAGGCCAACAGACUAGGAACACUUCUAGAAGCCUCCAUUAGGUUUAAACAAACUCUUAAAAAAGUCAGGGAAAAUGCAGACAAAAAGAAAUCAGAAAAGAGGAUUGAUAUGGUCCUUGUCCAUCAGAGGAAGAUGGAUGAUGAAAAGGAGGAUGCCGAGGAGACGAGGGAGCGUGAGAGGAGGAACGUGCUACGAGAAUGUUUUGAAAAAAGGUUAAAGCAGGAACAAUUUAGAAUCAAGGAAAAGCAACAUGGACAAAAUGUGUAUACAAUGUUACAUUGUUCGUUUGAAAGACUUUGUAAAGAAGCAGAAAUCGUCAACUUAGAAAUGAGAUUGGAUUCUAAAAGUACAACAGAGGCAAUGAGAAACAUGCAUAUGACAGAAAAAGCCAAACGAAUGUCUGCACGACAGGAAUACACAGGUGAGAUUCCUGCAUCUACUUCAACAGCCAGUAAACAAAACUGGAAACCGAGGAAAGAAACUCCUGAUAAUCCUCAUCAAGACCAGUGCUGUGGAUCAUUUCGUGGAUGGCUUAAACAAAAGGAGACAAGCUUUUUCGAUCCAGAUCCUGAAGAUAUUGAGGACUUUGAAAGUACACCCUUCAUCAUGGACCGUUUUCACAUAUACAAAGGCCAUGAGGAUCCAAGCACAUUCUUCAGACCUUCAAUUAGGUCCCUAUUGGUAAAACAUAUUUUGAUCAACUUAGAUAUUCGUGAAGACCUGGAGGCCAAAAAUUUUCCCCUAAAGGACGAGAAAGGGCGUAAGUAUAUCACAGGCAAGGUUACAACAUCACCCUAUAACUAUGUUACCACGACACUGGCUCCAAACACCACAGCACCACCUGAGGAAGUAUCCUCCCUUGCUGCAAAGGCCUUGGAAAUCAUCAAGAGUUCCUUUGACAAUGAAGUUACUCCCUAUUUCGCCUUGAUCAUUUGUGUUUGGGGUACCUUGUUCCUGGAACUAUGGAAGCAGAAGUCAGCACGCUGUGCCUACCUCUGGGAUGUACAGGAGUUUGAAGCUAAUGAACCGGACAGGCCUGAAUUCUUCAGUACAACAUUCAAAGAGGACCCUGUGACGAAAGCCAAAGAGAUGUAUUUCCCAUCCAGGAAGCAGAAUAUCCGAUACCUCAUCUCCUUCUCAACACUGAUGUUUAUGAUCCUCAUCGUUCUCACUAGUGUUGUCUCCAUCAUCAUCUAUCGUGUCAUCACUAGUGUGGACUAUUGUCCCAAUAUGGAUGCUACCACAUGUCUCCUGUUGACCACAGUUGUGUCCUCUGUACUCAACACUAUGUCAAUCCUCAUCCUCGGCAAGGUGUAUGAUUAUAUGGCUGUGAAGCUUACUGACUGGGAAAACCAUAGAACACAGACGAUGUAUGAUGAUGCCUUGAUCAUAAAACUCUUCGCAUUUCAAUUUGCUAACAACUACGCAUCCAGUUUUUACAUUGCCUUCUUCAGAGGGCGAUUUGACUAUGCUGGUAUUCUGGGACUUGGAUCAGAGUAUCGUGACAGCUGUGAGGGUACAUGUAUGUCCCAGCUUUCAUUUCAGAUUCUGACAAACAUGCUCCUUAAACCCUUACCGAAGGUGUUCAGUGACAUUGUCAAGCCACUUCUCAUCAGGUCAUGGAGAAAACGCCCAUCCUGUAUGCAGGGUGAAAAGCCUGAGCUAACAGAUGACCUUGACAUUGACGAGCGUGCCCUUCAUUAUCCAGAGACAUUAACGUUCAUGGACAAAGAGUUCAUGAAGCCUACUCUUGGUGACUUCACUGUAGGAGAGUACACAGAAAAAAUCAUUCAAUAUGGGUUCCUUAUGCUGUUUGCUGCCUCUUUGCCCCUGGCUCCCCUCAUUGCUCUGUUGACUCUGGUAAUCGAUAUUCGUGUGGAUGCUAAGCGGAUGUUAUGGUGGUAUCGUCGACCAAUAGCCAUGGUGGCACAAGAUAUCGGAACCUGGUUUACCAUUCUCCAAGUUGUGAAUGUAUGUGGUGUGGUAUCUAAUGGGUUCAUAAUCGCUUUCACCUCAAGUUGGGGACAGCAGUACGACAUUGUUACACAACUCUGGAUUGCCAUUGGCUUUGAGCAUAUAGUAUUUGCCAUCAAAUUUUUGUUGGCGUAUUUCAUUCCUGAUGUUCCUGAUGAUGUGGCCCUCAUGAUGAGAAAGCACCAACACUGGAGGACACACCAGCUGGCAGAGAUAUUAGAGAAUGAUAGAAAUAAUGAGAAGGAAACUUUGAAAGAGGCUCUGCUUCAGAACAUCAUCAAAAGUGAGGAAGAGUACCGACGUCGUCAAAGUCAUGGUGAUGGAGGUGAUGGUGGACCUACAGAACUUUCAGAACCCACCUACAGAGACGAGGAACCAAAUACAGAAAAUAGUCGAAAAGAGUCACAACAGCCUGUACCGUUACCUACCCGUAACGGUCAGCCGCCAGUGGAGAAUCCAGAACCAUUCCGAGGGGGCCCUGAUCCGUUGACCCCUCCUGUGUGUGAGGUCAGGAAUAGAUAUCCUGUUGAUCACAUCUCAGUUGAGGAAGGUGAUGAUGACACACAUGUAAGGAAGAUGAAAAAGAAGAAAAAGAAAAAGGACAAAAGAAGAAAGCGAUAUGGUGACGACCAGUUGAUCAUUGACUGUGAUGAUUAUGAAUUGGAAGAUCAGGGUGUGAGAUCAAGGAGGCGUAUCACUCCACUGACUCCACCCCUAUCUGAUACAACAACAUCCAUUCAGAGACUUCCUGGUCAGCUGUCAUUUCGAGUAAAGGGACCCAGAGGAGAGGAUCUGGGAGGGCAAUACAGAUAUUACCAUGAAGAUUCUGUUGCUUAG